UUGUGUAGUAAAUACAUGUAGUAUAUUCGCAAAACAAAAGUAAAUUUUACAAUCGUAUUAAACAAAAUAAAUAAAAAUGGAUAAAACUACAAAAACUAUUGUAAAGCGAAAACGUGAUAAACGACACAAUAAACGUUGGGCUGAUAAUGAAAUCAAACAAUUAUUGCAAUAUUUAAAGGAACAACCAGAAUUUGAGAAACCCACUGCACAAAUAUUUUAUAGAAAAUUUUUAGAAACUUGCAACCUAGAUGCUUCCUGGUCUAUAUGUCGUUGGAAAAUUAAAAAUCUUAAAGUAAACUAUAGAAAAGCAGAAAAUUGGAGAAGAUCCAAUGGAUUUGUGGAAACGCAACCGAAUAUUAAAGAAACUUUAAAUAAAAUGUGUCGAUUUUAUGAUGAUUUGCAUCAAGUGUUUGGAAAUACAUUUGAAAAUAUCUGCUAUGAAACCUUAGACAGUAAUAGUAUGGCCAAUUACAAUAGGAAUUAUGCCAACGAAAGUGCCAUGGAAGAAAGUAUGGAUGAAUAUUGCUUGAGCGCCAUAAAAACCGAAGAAAAUGUAAAUGAUGCUUCUUUAUUAGAACCUCUUCAUUCGGACACUAAUUCUGCCGAAUUAUCCAUACCUUUGGAAACAGACGAUGAAGAAAGAAAUCUUAAUUGUAAAGAAUCCUUGCAAAAAGAAUAUCCCGCAAAAUUGUCUAAAGCGAGGGAUGUUAGAGCAUCGAAUCAUGUUGGUGAAGGACAAAGCGAAAGAAGUUUAUUUUUAAAAAUGAAAUUUGAUUUUGAAAAAGAAAAAUUUCGCAAGGAAUUCGAAUUAAAGGAAAAAAAAUUUGCCGAAGAAAUUAAGGAACGAAAGGAAAAUUUCGAGUUAAAAAAGUUGCAAUUGGAAAAGGACGAACGUUUGCGCAUUUUAGAGUUGGAGAAACAGGAAAGAAUCGAAAGAUUUGAAAUUGAAAUGAAAUAUGGUUGUGGAAAAAAAUUACGAAAAAUGUGUCGUUUUUAUGAAGAUCUGCAUUGUCUUUUUGGAACUAAAUUGCAAAUUUUCACCAAUGAAACUUUUGAUGUAAAUGCCUCGAGUAAUAUUAAUGUUAAACCUUCAUUUCCCUUAGAAACUGCAAUGGAUGAAAAAAUUGAAGAAUAUUUUAUAACUGCCAUAAAAUCUGAAGAAAAUGAAGAUCAUUCGACAAUAAUAGUUCCCGAACAUGUAGUUACAACUUCACCUGAAUCAUCUUUUCCAGCCGAUAUUAGUGCAGAUGAAAGAAAUUGUAAUCAAACGGAAUUAAUGGAACAAGAUUUUAUAACACAUUUAACUAAAACCGAUCAAAAUAAUUAUACAGAUCACUUUAGUUUAAAUGAGAGUGACAAAAGUUCGUUUUUAAAAAUGAAAUUUGAAUUUGAAAAAGAAAAGUUCCGUAAGGAGUUCGAGUUAAAGGAAAAACGAUUUGCUGAAGAAGUUAAAGAACGUAAGGAAAACUUUGAAUUGAAAAGAUUGGAAAUGGAAAAAGAGGAACGUCUGCGCAUUAUGGAGUUGGAGAAACAGGAAAGAAUCGAAAGAUUUGAAAUUGAAAUGCGUUAUCGUUGUAAAGAAAAGUGAAUUGCGAAAAAAACGGAAGAUAUAUUUUAAUAGAAACAGUAAGUUUUUGAAUAGAAUUGCAAGAUAGAAAAAGAAUUGGCCAGAUUUAACCCUCCAAUAUUUGAAUUGUGAUUUCGUUAAAUGUUUUGUCCAAAUUUUAACAAAUUAGGCUUUUAUAAUUAAGGUUUUUUACACUAAAACCUGGAAAGCUGGAGCAAAUAGUGGAUAUACAACAUAAAUCCAAUGUUGUCAAUUUAUUUUAUUGAAAACAAAAAUUGUUUCAAUUUACAUUUUGUCCCAAGUUUUUUACAAAUUAAGUUAUUGUAAAACAUCUGAAUUAGGUCUUAAAGGGUUGUUUGCUCUAAAAUCUGGAACACUGAGGGAAAAAGUGGAAAUACAAUAUAAAUUCAAUGUUGUUUCUUUUACUGAAAACAAAAAUUGAUCCCAAUAAAUCUUGAAGGGCUUUU